AUGUGGAACCAACUGCAGGAAGGAGAUAAUGAAUACCCUACUAACAACAGAGGGAUUGCAAGCGGAUUCAAAAAAUACAAAAGCUUCAUCUACAUUUUGCUGAUAAUUCUGGUCGUUUUUGGCGUCUUCAUUUCUUACUACGAAUUGAACGAUAAACAGGUUGACUUCGAGCUUGACUGCAAUGAUCUAAACGAAAAAUGUCUCAAGUACAAAUAUCCAGAAUUUAAGCCUAAACGACUUAUCAUCGUUGACGUGAACUCUGAGAACAACAACGUUAUCCUAAGGAGUAGCGCCCCCUUAUUCAAUGGCGUAUUUUCCGAGGAACUACUGCGCAAGCACAUCAAGGAAGUUAUGGAAGAAGGAAAACUGAAAUACAGCGAUGACAUGGCUCUGUACAUAAUCUCCUUUUUGAGGAACGAUCCUAAGGAGGGAUGCUGCUACACCUCAGAAAGGUGUUACGUAAAAGACGCAAAUAUUGUUAACCAAAUUAUUCGGGGACAUCAGGAAGAUCCUUACGAAGUGGAUGCGAAGACCCUCGAUAAUGAACUGAAGAGCCUGAACUGGGAUACGGAUCAACUACUGAGCAGAAUAAAUGAACUGAAUGAAAAGUUUCAAACCAUGAAGAACACCAUCUUCAUUAUCCACUGCAGAAGGGGAAGAGAUAGAACAGGAGAGUACGUCGGCGCGUACAAAAUGAUUGUAAAAAAACAAAACUUUGACUCAGUUAUGAAGGAGAAUGAAGAGAUAGGAAAGGUUAAGAGUCCCUAUGUGAAAAUGGAAAAAUGGCUGUGCCUGUACUUGGAAAAGGUUAUGGGAUACACCGACAUAGGUUGCUACGACUUUAGGUGA